CGCCAAGAUCAGAUCAGUCGACAUUCUGGACGCCAACCGUGUUCGCUCUGCAAGUCUGCAAGUGGUGCUGACUAUGACCCAGCUGACAUAAAUACCCUCAAUAUGCCUGCUGUGUCUAUGACAUAUCAGUUCACCCUGCCAUCCUGUGGGGCGCUCUUCUUUCCCAAUGCUAGUGGGGUGACUGACGCUGAAGUGCAACAGGCAAAUACGCACCGAGGGGUCUUGCGAGAUACUCUCAAGAGCUACAAGCGAGCAGCUGUAAAAGAUUCGCUGAGCGUCAUUCGCGUCUGCCAGGCAUACCUGCCUCAUCUGCACAAACUGCAUACAUCACAACAGUAUAAGAGCAUGCAAGUCAACUGGCGAAGCAUGUUUCUGCACCACCGGCUACCAAACAAAGACUUUCCACGGCUGGACUUUCCUGGCUUAUCUUAUGAAGUGCUUUUUGUGCUGCUCACGUAUGCGCAAGCUCUCUACAAUGAUGCCGUGCUGCAGGGAGACAAUGCUCAUGCGGCAGAACAGCUUUGUCGCGCAGCUGGAAUCUUUGAGCAUGUCGCAGAUCAAAUCUGUCCAAUGCUCACUGAACGAGUCUGUCCAGAAACUUAUCCAGCACUACCGAGCGCUCUCGCCAAGUUGACAAUGGCCGCAGCUCAACUACAUGCUUUAGCGAGUCUCAAUGGAAAGACCUCGAAUGCCAUGCUUUGUCGCAUCGCGGUCGGAGCAAGCGACCAUGCUUCAUCUGCUGUGGGUCUUUUGAGUGCGCACCCGACCAGAAAAGUCCUGCCUUCCGACUUGCUUGACCAGUGCAAACGGCUGAAGGCUUCGGCUCUGGCGGAAGCGUACGUUUGUCUGGCCCUUGAUGCCCAGAAGCAAGGCAGCAUUGGGCUUGCUGUUGGCUGUGCUUCACUCGCAGCCAAGCUUGGCCAGGGAAAGACUGAUGUUACGAUGUUACAUGCUGAACUACGCGCGGAGAAUGAUCAAGUCACGUUUCAACCAGUUCCAGACGAAGCUGAAGUACAGCGACAGCUUCCUUCCGGCCGUGAAUUUUGUAAAGUCAAGGUCUAUGUUGCCUUGUCGGAAGAUCAGGCCACCACUGGUGAGGGUCUUUAUGCAGGGGAAGGCUCAUAUUAUUGAGCGAAGGGAGUGCUGUCCGUCGUGUUCGUGUACUGAUCGCUAUUACAAGUGCUCCAUCAACAGAAAUCACGCGAAGUAUGGGCUUCUGGCGAUGAUUUCGGCAUGAACAGAGAGCAUUGAGCACGACAUGUAGAUGCUCCUCAUCUACCGCAUGUCUUUCACGAAUAGCAACUUGACACUGGUCUCCUGACACGACAGCAUGGAAAGUUGCAAGCAACGCUGUAUCUGCAUGU